AUGCUUGUAAUGCGCCUGCGCAAGGAUCGGGCCCUGAAGAAGGAUGCGCUCGAGGCCGGCUUCGAGGGAUCAUCGGCCCCACGAAUGUCCCGCGUCUUCCCGAAACCAUCUUCCGGCAGCGGCAUCUCGGAAUUCGACCCGAGGGACUUCUUGGAGACGUCCGGAAUUUCGGGUUCGAUGAUCGAAUACAGCACACCGCCGGCCGGCCGAGGCGCCAUACACCGCGACUACUCGAUGACUGUCUCAGAGCGUAGACCGAAGUUCCGCCCGUCUCUGUCCGGCCACGACCUGCAAGCCAUGGGUCCUACUCACCAAUAUUCGACUACUUACUCGAAGCCACGACCCAUAGAAGACCUGCGUGGCGCCUACAAGAGCCAGCCCGAGAUGCAGCUCGACUUUGGAACACCGACGAAGGAGGGAAACAUCACACCGACACAGUUCAGCCAGCGCCGCAGUGUCGCCAACAUCAACAACCACAGGCAGAUCACCACACUAGAGGCACAUGGAUCAAAGACUCUUGCGACGCCAACGCGCCCGCACGACCAUCGCCACUUGCAGCGGGAGACCAUUUUGAAGCGAGUUUUGGAUUUUUUUCUUGGCGCUGGUGGAUACUCUGAUCGGCGCCCAUCGGCCACCACUGCUUCCGGAUCGUCCGGAAGUGGACCGGGAAAUGGCCGCGCCGUCGGCCCGCCAAACUACCACAGCUAUGCCGAGCCGCAGCAUCGCCACAACGACGUCCACUUCACCCGCGAGGUCUUGGUGGACGCGCCCCCGAAGGUGGCCAACAACCUCGACAGCAUAGAGCAGCGCCUGCGCAAUCUCGAAAUUGCCCAGACCAAGCAUGUGGUCGUCCCGGUCGAACCUAGCCCCUCAAUGGGUAUCCGUCGCUUCGACGCUGAUGGCUCGGACAAGGACCAAGAAAUCGCAGGCCUGAAGAAACAGCUGCGUCAGCUACACACGAAGCUCGAGUCGGAGCAGAAGCGCCACCAGGACAACAUGAACGUGCAGCGCGACCAAUACAACGUCACGAUCAAGGAGGUCAAGCGCCUAAAGGAUAGUCUGAUGACGAUGGAGGAAGAGCUGCUGAGCUACCGCGAGGUGGCCGCCAUCUCCAACGACUACCAGGAGGUCGGCGCCAUGCAGCAGAAGCUUCGAGAUCUUGAACGGCUCAACAUCGCCCAACGUCAAGAUCUCCUCUCCGUCGAGUUGCAGCGCGACGACCUGCUGGGGCAGCUGGACUUCAAGGACAAGAAGCUAAAGGACCUCUCAAAGGAGCUCGAGACGCUGAAGGCCGAGCACUCUUCAUAUGGCCAAUCGUGCUCAUCCGGCUCGACGCCGAUAGUCGACGACCUGGAAGCGGCCACGAUGGGCGGAUCGGUGACGCUGACCGACGCGACACCGAUCUGUGCCGGCGAUAUGAACGGACGCCGUGCCUACAAAAAGGCCCAUUCCACGAUGACACCGAUUAUGCGCGGCAGCAACGGCCACCUCUCCGGCUCCCCAUACGGUGGCAGCACGGUGACCUCCAUCGGACACGGCGCCCUUCGCAAGUCGCACUCCAACUACCAAAUCGGCCAAGACACUCCGAAGGGAGAAGUGGCGCCUGUCAUCUCCAGCCUUAUCCGGUCGCAAACGAAGCACGUCCUCGAAGCUGUCAUCCUCACCCGGGCAUUGGCCGAAGUGGCCCACGAAGUCGAGAAUGGCAACAACGCCAGCCUGUCCGACUUGAUGCAUCUGCAAGCUUCGGCCGUCGAUUCGAUGUCGGAGAGCGAAGCCGAAAAUCUGGUCGCGGACUCGACGCCAAUGACCAUCGAAGAGGCCCAGCGCAAGAUGACAAAGCAGCAGCGCAAAAUGGCCGAGCUAACGAAGGACCUCGACGACGUGUCGCGCACCAUGCGCGAGAUGUACACCCGUCGCCUCGAGGAGAUGAAGGAGCGCGACGAAUACAACAUCUGCCGAGUGCAA